ACUGCCCAAGAGUCACCAUUUCGCCACACCGUACGUGUCCUAAGACUCCCAACAACGCCUUUGUGUGCAGUGGACUAUCUUGAGUAAUUAUACAAACUGAAUGGUUCCACUUACUCCUAUUAUAUCCCGUGGAAGAGUUUUGAGGAAUGGGCUGCAUCUUAUGCGGACCUAGCUAUUUCUUAAGCUCCAGAAAUCCGCAGAAUGAUGUUGACAUCACUUAGCGUGGCGCUGCUUCUCUGGAUUAAUCUCGUCAUCUGACUGUUUUGUUUCGACAUCAUUUCUCGUCGGAUCCGGCUAUCGAAGCAUCUACUCUGAGCGCUGAGCGCCGAGUCCUUGCUCUAUUGUAGCUAUUGCCAUGGCGAUUCUAACUCGAAUAUCACAGCUUCCCAGAACACCACGUUCGUUCACGCCGCGAUUUGACGCUCAUUUCCUAGGGGUAUAUAAACACAACCUCAAAAGUAAUCUUAAAGGUGUCCAGUUCCCAUAAUACUCACAUCUGCUAGUUGAAGGAUACUCUAUGACCGCUUUACCACUACUGCCAUCAUCAUCAUCGCCUUCAUCGCUACUUUCGCCUGAUGACCAGAAGCAUGGCUUCAUUGACAGAGUCCCGCCGGACCCGUUUCAGGCUGUUGAAAUGCCACUAGGGGAAGUUAAUGAGCAGCGUCAAAAGAUAGCUACGUUAUCAACUUCAAGAGCUUCGUCAUUGUCGCUUGGUGAGGUUACUUCGAGAUCGGUGUCGCCGGACUUGUGUGGAGGGAUAUCACACACCUCUCUACCUCACAAACCUCGUAUUCGACCCCGACCUUUUGCACCGCUUCGCUCAUCAUCUACGAGCGAAAGAUCUAAUUCACUUCGGAGUGGCGCAUCCCCAGAGGGUAAAGUCAUUGCUGUUGCUCGUCCUGGUUGGAGGCUGGUAACAUCUGAUGAUGCUGGUGGGCCGACGCCUUCUCACUGCCUGCGUCUUGCUGACUAUCCACAUGUAAACACCGACUCUAUUCUGUCAAACGUUACGGGGCCUAAAGAGGUGUAUACGAUCCGAAGGCCAGAACCGCGGGCUGCCAUUCGCAGAAACUCCGCGCCUGCGUCUUCUGCUGAUCUCUCUCGGGAUCAGUUUGCAUCUGGACGAGAUUCAAGUAGUCUGGCUUCUCCAACUUGUGAAGGCGGUCUCGAAGGCUCUGAACGCGAUAGCGUCAAAGGAUCGUCACGGCCUCUAAUCAGACGGAGUCACACAAUGAGAACGAUACUUGAUUCGGAGGAGAUGGGAAAGCUGGAGGAAAGGAAGGCAUUCCAGUCCAUUGACACUCUUCCGAUGUCUCCUCCUCAUCCGAAAGGCACAAUGCUCUCGAAUGAGCUCUUGUGCAAUAGUCUCUCGGGCCUACUUUCUCCGAUUCAAUUGGGAGGUCCUGAAUUAUUUAGACCAAUUAUGUGGGGAUCCAUGACCGAAGAACCAUCUGAGGUACCUCUUCCAUUGUCGACGAUUGGCGGCCCACACAUCAGGGCUGAUUCUUCUCUGAUCAACCAAACAAUGGAUAGUCCACAAUCGGAUCUUUCGAUGCUAGAGGGACUUGAGGACAGCGAUGCAUCAGAGACGUCCUGAAGAUCUUUACAUCUUUGCUUGAUCCUUGCUGUUGAGGCUUGAGGCACUGUAGGGUCUCCAGCUCUGGAAGAAGCUGUGUAGGAGUGGAUGGGGAUGCUCCAGGAGUGCAGUCGAUUUUUUUCUUUCUUUUCACACCAUGACCAUCUUGAAAUAUAGAACUUGCAGUGCAAUGUUUAAUUAAAUUGAUGUGUUUUCGUGGUGUCCAUGAAGCGAUUGUUUCGAUUACUUGGAAUCUCCCCCGAGCAUAAGUUAUUUAAUAUUUGC